AUGUUUUUUCCUUUGGUAGGCCUGAUUUUGUCAACGGCAGUUGUGAUGUUCAGUGGUUUCAAACGUUUGCAAAGGGUGCCAAGAUCAUCAGUAGUUAAAAUCGCCGAGCUAAGAGCUAAAUCCGAUAGCUGCAUUUUGUCAAGCCUUGAGGGGAAAAAGUAUCCUGCUAAGCAACACGCCUUGAAAAUUAAAGACUUAUUUCUCAAAAGGAAGUCGAACAGUGAUCCUGAGAAGACGACGCUUCUCAUUGCCGGUGAGCAAUUGGAGGCCAUUAAAUACUGUGACCAGACUAAGCCUUUCAGACAGAAUAGAUAUUUUUACUAUCUCACGGGAACCAACAUUGCCGGCUGCUAUGUGCUUUUUGACUUUGGAACGGACGGUCUUACUCUUUUUCUUCCCGACGUCGAUGAAGAUGAUGUGAUGUGGAGUGGACUUCCAACGAGCAUCGAAACAGCUCUCAAAGAGUAUGACGUAGAAAAUGUAUUGUACGCGAAAGAUAUUUCUACAGAGCUAGAGAAAAGAGCUCUUCAUGAUAUCUAUACUACAGAUUUGGACAAUUUUCCGCCAACUUCAUUCCCUAAUGUUCACUUUAUCCCGGCUGAUCAAGAUCUAUUCUACGCCUUGGAUGAGGCUAGAGUAACCAAAGACUGGUACGAAGUCCAACUUCUACGCCGCGCAGCAGAGAUCACAGAUAAUUGCCAUUUGGCUGUGAUGUCUGCGCUUCCAAUUGAGAACAACGAGGGUCAUAUGCAUGCGGAGUUUACAUAUCAUGCCUUGCGCCAAGGUUCAAAAAAUCAAGGUUAUGACCCCAUUUGCUGUUCAGGCCCUAGCUGCAGUACGUUGCACUAUGUUAAGAACGACGAGUCCAUGGAUAAAAAGCAUUCAGUUCUUAUCGAUGCAGGUGCCGAAUGGAAAAACUACACCGCUGACGUCACUCGCUGUUUUCCUAUCAAUGGGAAGUUCACCAGGGAGCAUCGUGCGAUUUACGAAGCUGUCUUGGAUAUGCAAGCCCAAGUGAUGGUUGAUAUAAAGCCCGGUGCAUCUUGGGAAGCUUUGCAUUUGAAAGCCCAUCGCGUUUUGAUCAAGCACUUUUUGCAGCUAGGAAUUUUUAACAAAAAGUUUUCACAGGAAGAGAUCAUGGCAAGAAAGGCAUCUCUGUGCUUCUUUCCGCAUGGCCUGGGACACUUACUAGGAAUGGACACUCAUGACGUCGGCGGUUAUCCUGAUUACAAUGAUUCUGAUCCUUUACUCAAAUAUCUGAGGUUGCGGCGGCGACUUGAAGUGGGUAUGGUCGUAACCAAUGAGCCUGGCAUCUACUUCAACCCCUUCUUGAUCAACGAAUAUCUUGACAAGCAUCCGGAGCGAGUGGAAGUGGUGAACCGCCAAAUUAUGGACAAGUACCUCUAUGUGGGCGGUGUUCGUAUUGAAGAUGAUAUUUUAGUGACGAAGGACGGCCACGAAAAUUUGACAAAAGUGACCAGUGAUCCCAAUGAGAUCGAGGCCAUUGUGACUGAUGGUUUGUCUAAAGGGAGAUCGCACUUUCAUGUAUUAUCGUAA